GCCAUAGAUUCGCAUCUUCGACUCACUGGUUUACUAAAUUCCGAAACCUUAGCUACCCGUGAAACCAACCAUCUCUCUGGUAGUCACAAGUCGCGGCAUGCUCAUGUCCCAUUGCUUGCUGCCAAUAGGCACCAGCCAAGCCGUAUCCGCUCACUCAGUGCGGGCGGCUGCGGCUUUUCAUUUACUAGUGACGAGCUUGUUGCUUCUCCAAUACAGCGUCAAUUUGUGGAUUCAGACUCCUACUCUAUUGAAAAUAGCGUGGGAAGAGGUGAAUCAAAUCAGAUGCCAAUACCACUUGAUGAAUCAGGCUCGUUUCACCAUCCGAUAGGCACUAGUCCGAUGUAUGGUAGACGCCUCUCUUACAUCACCACUGAACUGCCCAAUGAGACUUCCAGAUCUGUGGGCGCAGGCUUGCCGCAGACACGCUUAAGGUAUAAAUCGCCUUCCAAUGGUUACAGCAAGGGUUGGCCAGAUGCAGGUGACACUUAUUUAAUAGACGCUUCUGCCAAUGGAUUGUCUGCCUCCAUGGGCAUUUGGGCUUCCCACAAUAAGCACACUAUCUACCACCGGCAAGCUUCUUACUACAAAUUCGCCUCGGAUCCCGGUCUUCCCUGCCUCAUAUAUACAGCCGCUGUACAGGCAGUUAUGAUAUGCUUAACCCGGUUCGGAGCCCAUCUCGAGUGA